CCGCGGCCGCCGCCCUCCGACAGGAAGGGGCAAGUCUGUGCCCGCGCCCACGCUCGUUCCCGCGGCGACUCGUGGUCGGGGCCGCGCGGGAGCGACAUGCCUGCGCGCCCGGGCCUGUGACCCGCUCGGGGAUGGCCAGCGGCUCCGUGGCAGGCGAGCGGCCGAAGCGCACACCGGGCCGUCAGCGGCUGCUGCCCUCGGGCUGCGGAGUCCCGGCGCGUUCCAGCGUCUCCCCACUGCCCUGCGGACGAAGCUGGCUGACUCCUCGAGGACGGACCGCCCGCGCGGCCCCGCUGCUGCUGCUCCUGCUCGUGCCUUCCCCGCGCCUGGCCGCCACCGCCCCGCGUAGGACGCUGGCUGAGCGCACGCGCCCGGGGCGCGCCGUCCUCGCGGCCGCGCUCGGCGCCGGCAGAAACGCGCAGGGCCGUCUGUCGCUGGGCGCCGGGCGUGUGCCCUCGCUGGCGAGCAGCCGGAGAGAUCUAAGCCUGUCCGCCGAGUGCCGGCAGCUGGAGCAUAGAAAGGGGAACUUGCCCUCUUCUGUGAGUCGAAAACUCUACUUUGACACCCACUCUUUGGUGUGCUUACUCGAAGCAAAUGGGUUUACCACUCAGCAAGCAGAAAUCAUUGUGUCUGCGUUGGUCAAGAUCAUGGAGACCAACAUGAAUAUCGUCUACAAUGAUAUGGUCACCAAGGUGCAGCAGGAAAUCACUCUUCAGCAAAUAAUGUCUCAGAUUGCUAACGUGAAAAAAGAUAUGGUCAUCUUGGAGAAGAGUGAGUUUUCAGCCCUGAGAGCAGAAAAUGAGAAAAUAAAACUUGAACUACAUCAGUUAAAACAGCAAGUGAUGGAUGAAGUCCUCAAAGUCCGGACAGAUACUAAAUUAAACUUCAAUCUAGAGAAGAGCAGAGUAAAAGAAUUGUAUUCAUUGAAUGAGAAGAAGAUGCUGCAGCUCAGGACAGAAAUGGUGUCCCUGGGAAGGGAGAUAUCCAUAUUGUGUUGCCUCAGACCUGUGCUGCAGGACUUUCCAUGGGAUACAAGGAUCUUUCUCUGGAAUGGCUUCAUUUGCUUAUUAUUUACCUGCAUUGACAUUGCUCUUCUGGAGACAAGACCAAUGCACGCCCAGCAAGACAGAGCCCUGACCCAGACAGACAGGAAGAUAGAAACCGAGGUGGCUGGCCUCAAGACGAUGCUGGAGGCACACAAGCUUGACACGAUCAAAUACUUAGCAGGGUCUGUGUUUACGUGCCUAACAGUAGCUCUGGGAUUUUACCGCCUGUGGAUAUAAUAAAGUGUCUAUUUAAAGAAAUCCCCAUUGUUUUGCCUUAAGAGUACCAGAGUGUUGUCCCACCUACCCCUCUCAAUCCUUUUUUCUUUUCUUGUUUUAAUUUUUAAUCCUAAUUUGACUUCAUGCAUAUUAUUUAUUUCUGUGUAAACUGUGGAUCCAUAACCAAGGUGAAGAAGUUGGGAUUUCUGUAAUUAUUCUUCGGAGUUCCUCUCUUUAGUUGGCCUUUGGACUGAACUGUGUGGACCACACUUUCAAGACUCCAUUGAACUUAACACUGGACUUGGUCUAACCUGCAGUAUAUGACAAAAAUAAAUACUAGUAGAGUCCUCUACAGCUUUAAGUAGUGUGUAUUGUGGAAAGUCACUUGGAAGACAAAGUGACUUUAAAUCUGAAGAAUCAUUGGAUUUCAACCCAGAAUACCAGCUCUUCUCUGCCUCAUCAGCAGCCGAUCCCCCCCAUCCCUGCUUCUGCCGCAGCAGCUGUGGUGUUAAUGAUGCUGUCUGUGCUGGUCACCUUAGGUGCCUUUGUCUUUGGGCUUUCAUUGUCUUAGUAACAUUGCCGUGGUUGUUGUUAAUGUGCCUUGCAGCUGGGAGUCUUGGUACCUAAUGAAGCCUUGAAAUCCUAGCACGAGUUCUUUUAUUGCUGCCACUCACGAGUACAUUUCUGGUUUUGAGACAAGGUCAUGCUAUUCAGCCCAGGCUGACUUUGAACUCACAGUCCCACGUCAACUCCACCAUGCUCAACCUCUUUCCCUUUCAGAACGCUAACUUUCCUCGCUCUUCAACCUCCUGCUUUCUUUCAUGAUGUGGGAGUUUAACACCACACUCAUCAUUACUACCUAGAAAACUUGGAAUUCUUAGAAUGAAACCCUGCUUCAGUUUGUGGUUUGAGUGAACUGCCUUCUGUUUGUCCUCCUGAGGGAUGUCUAUAGUGUACACAGCUUUUAGAAUGAGUAUCCAGUGCCUGUGAGCAGCUCAGGUUGUCGCCUGCCCAGGGAGAGAGCCACCGUGCUUGGCAUUGGCCCUGGGUGCAUUGAUCGCUUUGUGGCCGAAGACACCCCAUGGCCACCUUUCCUCUUUGAAACAAGCUGAUCCUGGGUGCAGCGGGUUUCUCUGGAGAAGCUCAUUCUCCUCUUACCUGAGCUGUUGGCACAUGGCUAAGAGUGAGCAUUUGGGAAGCAGUGACACCGAGGGACCCUUCCUGGCUUUCCCCACACAGGCACAAAUGCACAAGCUGGUACACAGAGCAGAAACCCCAAGAGACUGCACCAUCAGAUUUGUGGAAUAAAUCCCCCCUUGUCACUGUUCCAAACACAUUGCUAAAAAUAAAAGCUACCUCUUGUUUUAGAAAUCAUUAAGUUCUUGCCUCUUUUGAAAACAAUUACAUAAAAAGAUUCUGAGCCCCACAUGAUAUGGAAAUCAAAUGCUUUUGUCUUGGAACAGUAUCGGGGUGCAAUGGAAGUUAUCCUUUUCAAGUAGACAAAAAAAAGUCUUAGCCACUUAAUAAAAUACUUCGUUGAUAUAUUCUCUCCCCCUUUCAAAAAAGAGUCCAGCAAAAGCUUCCCCUUACACACUGCAGGCCUCCAUGAAUGCCAUUCCAUCUAGACCACUGUUAACUGCUUCGUGUUAGCACAGCUUUGGAGAAAGGGCUCCAGGUCCAGAUGCAUUCCCUCAUACCUGAUCAAGUAUACAUUCCCUCAUACCUGAUCAAGUAUACAUUCCCUCAUAUCCUGACCAAGUAUACAUUCCCUCAUACCUGGUCUCAGCGUGCUGUGGCGCUGCUGAUUUUACUCUAGCCUCCUCUGUAGCACACUACAGUCUUAUUUGGCCUCAGAAACUGCUGUCAUUGAGGGUGUGGGUGUCAUGCAUAUCUGAAGUUUAGGAGAGUUCAGGGCUAUGUUCCCUUUAUUUCCUAAUAAAGUUGAAAAGCAUUGAGCUAUAAAUACACAUGUCCUCCCGUCGCUGUGAUCAGACACUUAACUGAACUUUCCUCGAUGAAGCUUCGGAGCCCUUAGGAAAUGUCUGGCAGGUUUCCAGGUGGCUGCCUUGGGUUGGGCCUGUGGAGACAUUUAACAGUAGCUACGUAGGGGAGAAGAGUCCAGUGGUCAGAGACUUACUCCACUCUCUCAUCUCUAAUCUCAAAGUGUGUCUCUGCCUUCCUGCUGGGUACUGUGUUUUCUGUCCCCUUUUUCCCCUGUGGUACUUGCUGGGGACCAAACCACAGGCCUUGAAUGUUCCUUCAUCUCGUCUCAGCCUCCCGAGUGCCGAGAUUGCAUGCGCUAGUCAGCGUGUCUGGCUCCCUCUGCCUUUUUUUUAAGAGCCUCAAGUCCUGUUUCACUCCUUGCUGCAUUCGUAUGCAGAGCCCUUGGGGCUCUUUACUGGAGACGUUUGCUUUGAUUUCUGUCCUGCUUUUCUUGCUUAACAUCUGGUAACAUGAUUCCUCCUCAAGUAUACCACGCACCUCAGUUAAAAAAAAUCGCAUUCAAGAGGAAAGGCCUGACUCAAAGUGGAAGGCUUGCUGGGGUCUCUCAGAUGGCCCUAAGCACCAGGACCCCAAGCCACAGCGAGCCUGCGGUUGGGCUGGCCUGUCAGUGCCUGGGUGCCAUCUUCCCUCUGAUUUUCCUUGUCCCUUCUUCCCGAGCCUUUCUGCCAGCUAAUUAACCUUGUCACUGCUUUGAGCAUCUUCCUCCCCCGACCGUGUAUGCUGUGAGCCAGAACUGGCAAAGCCUACCCUAGAAAACUUACGACUUUAAGGUGAUCAAAAUUGUUACAGCUUUUAGUGGCCUUAAGGCAAAAAUGUGUUAACCAGGAGUAAUUUAUUCUUUUUUGUAUGUAAGAUAUUUGGAAAUGUUCAGCCUUGUUAGAAUUUUAUUUAGAAAAUAAUCCUUUUAUAGAUUUGUAUUUACAUUUCUUCAUUGACAACCUGAAUCAUUUUGUAGCCCUUUUAUUACUUCAGCAAAUAUUGAGUUAUAUUUUAUUAUUGUAUGGAGUGAAUGUAUUUUAUUAUCUAAGAAAAAAGAUUUCUGCUUGUGUGGCUAAUAUACCUUUCUGGUUCAGACUGAAUUAUGAAAAUGGAAUAUACCUUCUACCUGGAACAACUGCAUCUAAACUAUUAAUUCCACCCAUUGCAAAAUGACACCAUUCAGUUGCCUCUAGUGAAUUAAGAAUAAAUGUAAUACCUAAAAAAAUUGGAUUUACAGAGAAACUAUAUUUGAAAGUAAAUGUCUGAUUUGCAAAAUAAAUUUUUAUUUGAAAGAA